ACACACACACACACACACACACACCUCCCUCCUCCCUCCUCUCUUUAUAGAAAUGCUGGAGGAGGUGAUUACAGCUCAUUACAGAGUGCUUAUAGACCCACACACACACACACACACACACUCUCUCUCUCUGACGGCUCAGCGCGUGGACUCCCGCUCCUGAUAACUUUUCUGAAGAAGAACCUCGUUUGAUUUCAGAAGAAGGAAGAACAGCACGCGGGACCUUUAUUCCAUCAAGACUCAGAGACUUUGGGGGAUUUUCUAUAAAGUUUGGUUCACCUGGAGGACUUUUCCCUCUCCGGUUCUUUGGCACCGGCUCCCGCUGCAGCUCCCGCCCGGCCCGCCGCCCCGCCAUGGGCUCCGUGCUGCCCGGCUCCUCGCUGGGCCUGAAGCCGGGCUUCAAGCCGCAGCAGCCGCUGUCCCUGGCGGACAUCAUCACCUCGGACAUCCUGCACAGCUUCCUGUACGGCCGCUGGAGGCACGUGCUGGGCGAGCAGCACCACCCGCACCAGCAUCACCUGCAGCACGAGGACCGCACCGCCACGAGCGCGAGCCCCAAGACGGCUUUCACCGCCGAGGUGCUCGCGCAGUCCUUCUCCGGAGAGGUGCAGAAGCUGUCCAGCCUGGUGUUACCCAGCGAGGUGAUCAUCGCGCAGAGCUCCGUGCCAGGAGAAGGUUUGGGUAUUUUCUCUAAAACAUGGAUUAAAGCAGGAACAGAGAUGGGACCGUUCACCGGACGCCUCAUCUCACCUGAGCACAUCGACCUGUACAAGAACAACAACCUCAUGUGGGAGGUGUUUAACGAGGACGGGACGGUCAGGUAUUUCAUCGAUGCAAGUCAGGAGGAUCAGAGGAGUUGGAUGACGUACAUUAAGUGUGCGAGGAACGAGCAGGAGCAGAACCUGGAGGUGGUCCAGAUCGGCAGCAGCAUCUUCUACAAGGCUGUGGAGACGAUCCCUCCGGACCAGGAGCUGCUGGUCUGGUACGGAAACUCCCACAACACCUUCCUGGGAAUCCCUGGAAUUCCUGGAGGAGACGAAGAGCAGAGCAAGAAGAGCAAGAGCGAUGAGUUCCACACCUGUGAAGGCUCCUCUUCCUCCUCUUCCUCCUCCUCCUCCUCCUCCUCUUCCUCCUCCUCCAGUGUGGGUCGUAUGCGUUGUGUCAUCUGCCACCGCGGGUUCAACUCCCGCAGCAACCUCCGCUCCCACAUGCGCAUCCACACACUGGACAAACCGUUCGUCUGCCGCUUCUGCAACCGCCGCUUCAGCCAGUCCUCCACACUGAGGAACCACGUCCGGCUGCACACCGGCGAGCGUCCGUACAAGUGCCACGUCUGCCAGUCGGCGUACUCGCAGCUGGCCGGCCUGCGGGCGCACCAGAAGAGCGCCAGGCACCGGCCCACCGGAGACGCCGGGGCCCCGGUGGGAAGCGUAGUGGUGCACGCAGCUCACUCACCUCCUCCUCACCCACCACAGCUGACCGCCAUGUCUCACCCAGCGUCCCUGGUUCACCACAUACCCACCAUGGUGCUGUGAUGGGGGGUCGGGGGUAGACAGACAGACAGAGACGUCUUUCAACUUAAAAUAAGCUCAAAUAUUUGGACAAACUCAGACCUGCUGCCAGACAGGUGUAUGCCAGGCAGUUACCCAGGUAGCCAGAUGAAUCGGCUGUGUAGCCUGCUCACUGAUGGCUGCCAGUCAGAGCUUUGAAGGCCAGAUUAAGAAUGGGGACGACAUCUUCCUCUGCUAAAACCAGAAAAGGCUUUGGGCCAGAGUCAGAACCCAAAAUCAGACCAGUUUACUUGGACUCAUUCUGGCAAAUCAUUCGUCAUCGUGAGUCCAGGACCAGGCGUUCCAGAUAGUAUUACAGCAAAAACACGCUGAUGCUUUGCUUCAACAAGUCAAACAUCCGCGCAGACGAGGCCUCGAUACGUCACACUCACACCGGUGACCUGAAAACAGGACUCGCUUGUUAAUCUUCCACAGAUAUUUAACAUCUGAGCCUCAAAGUGGAACAAAACAUUACGGCAGUUCACUGACAGACUCUCUGUUUCAUCAUGAGGUCUUGCGUUCAAUCCUUAAAUAAGGUAAUACUGAAUUUUGGCCAGCAAACUCUUCAAAUCAAUGAACCAUUUUCAGCACAUUGAUUCAAAGUGGUUCAGUGCUUCAGCAGGUUUUGUUUCCCCGUCACUGGCACCAUAUUCAGGACACUGUUGGACUUAGAUUCGGGCUACCUGGGUAAUAAUUUACAAAGAAAACUCCACAGUCCAACAACUGGACGACUGUUAGCUGUGGUUCACUUGAUGACAAGUUACCUUAUCUAAACUUAAAAUCAAUCAGAUGGAUCAGAAGUAAAGUGAACUCUUGGGAGACCGAGGACGAUUGUACAUUACAUGCAUGCGCACACACAUUUAUCAGACCGCAGACUCUCGCCGGUUAAAGUCUGUCAGUUCUUUACUGAAAGGUUUCAGUGUCUCUUCUUCAGGACGAGGAGACGCUGAGACUUGUGAUGAACUCUGAUAAUGAUUCAUAUAGCAGUUGCAUGAUGGGACAGUGUUAGCCUGUAACUCCAGCUUAUCAUGUCAGUAUAAAUCAAGUAUCUUUGAGGUGACGAUGUCGUGCUUUGGUUUGCAUGCAAAUGGUUCUCUGUUAAAGGUUGUGAUGUGUGUGUUGAAAACUAGGAGGCGCUACAGUCCAAGCACUGAGGCUCCUUCAGAGGAAUCCACUGAGUUUCUGGUCGAUCAUCCUGUUGGUCAGUUUACAGAAACGUCCGUCGUACAGUUCUAUCAUGCUAACAGGUUAGCAUACAUGAUGCUGAGUGAUAGCAGGCUCCAUGCUAAAGCUCAGUUAUACUUUGUGUGUCUACGUAGCUGUCAGGAUUUAUAGGAUGUCAAUUUUGUCACGAGUCUUUGCGGGCGUCUUCACAUCUGCGGUCCAAGUCCAUUUUGGAGAAUUACAAGUGUAUCAGUCACGCCAGUAUUUAAAAUUUCAUGGCAAAAUCAAUUUAUUUUUGAGUUUGAGUUCAACUUUGACUCACAAAUUUGUGCUGCUGACCACGAGCAAACUGUCCCGACAGAGCCGACCUUUGAGGGAACGGAGAGCCGGGGAGUCCAAAAUGGACGUAGCCAUCGUAGCUUAUUAGCUUUCAGUUGCUUUUAGUUCACUUUUAUUGAGUUUAAGCAGAGUUUAAACAGUUAGGAGACAGGAGUCCAGGCUGCUAAAACAACUCUUCAAUAAACUGUAUGAAAUUAUUGUGCCAUUACCGACCAAACUAACUAGUUUGUUAGAAAGCUAGUUAGCUUGGAGAUUAGGACUGAACACAGAGUAUCCCAGCCAGUAGCCACGAUGUGACCAAGCUAACACGACAUACAGUACAAGCACACGGGGACAAACCGGGGCUCAGCGUUAGCUUACACCAUGUUGAUUGAUAGUUUUGUUUCUUCAAUUAGAAAAAAUGUAAAUGUAGAGUGAUAGUCAGCUCCAUGCUAACGCUUAGCAUAAACUAUGUGGAAAUACCAACUCUAAGCGCUAACAUUUAAGUCUAAAAUUAGCUUGACUUAUGUACAUGAUGCUAUAACCUGAGCAUACAUACAUACAUACAUAUGUUAGCAAUAGCAAACUCGUACAAAGCACCCAAAGUCUCAAAACAUAUUUUUUAAUCUUGUGCACACGAUAAAAAAAAAUAAAAUCUUUUGGGACUUUGGAUGCUUUGUUCAAUGUUAGCUGUAUGCUAACAUGUCUGCGUGCUAACAUGCUAGCAGGAGUGAACGAUCACGGUGUUUUCAUCACUUCAGUCAAGUCAGUUUUAUUUAUUCAGCCCAAAAUCACAAAGCACAGUUCGCCUCAAGGGGCUUUACUGACCAGCCAGUAAAUCUACUAAAGACUCACCAGAUUCCUUUAAAGCAGCUCAUCACUUAUUAAUAUAGGCAGAGCCUGAAGUUUAAAUAUUUUAUUAUAAUUGUUAUUAUUAUUGGUUUAUGUCUGUUGUUCUUAUGCUGUUGUUUGAGACCCAAAUUGGGUCUCAGGCAGGUUCAGUUGACUCCUGUUAGAAAAUAUUAGAAUCAAAAUUUCUAAUCUAAAUGUUUCUACAUGAUUCUUUUUUUCUUCUGGUUUCUGUAUAAAUAUGUUGUUAAAUAAUCAAAGUAAUGAGAAUAGAAAUUAAGAAUCGAUGAGUCCCUUUAGCUGGCAGCUGUUUGUCGGCAUUUUCUCUUCGUGUGAUGUAAAUAAGCUCCAAACUGUUAAAGGAAAGAAUGUCAAUAUAAACAUGAGAUGUGCUUUAUGCCCAGAAUAUAAUUCAACUGUCACUUUAUCUCUGUAUAUGUACAAGGUCAGAUAUGACACAUGUAUCAGUAUAUGAAGUAUGCUAUGUUGACUUCUAUAAAGGACAUUGUAUUUGAGGCUGUAUACUCCUAAUAAAGUAUUACUUCACCUUCA